UAAGCAGGUGAAAUUUAGCAAAUAAUUUGAACAAUUACUAUAAUCGCCACUCCAGGCACAUAGGCAACAUUAGCCGCAUCGACUUAUGACAAUAAUAUAAAGUACACUCUGCAUUCAAGGUAACCUACAUCUCAGUAUACAGACAUGAGGCAAUUAAAAGGAAAAACGAAAGAAACAAGCAAACAGAAGAAGGAGCGCAAAAAGGAAUUUCUAGAAAAUAAACAGAGAGUUUUCACUCUGGUUCUGCCAACAGUAGCUGCGAUUUUCGCACUUAUUGUAGCAUAUGUUUAUGUGAAAACACGUCCAAAAGCUAUCGACUACUGACCAAUGAUCUUCAGAAAGUUCUAUUUUUCAUCGCUUUUCUACUUUGAUCAUUCCGGUCCAUUUUUAAUCAGUCACAUAUUAAAGAUUCAAAGCUUGCAUUAGUAACUAUUUUCUCUAAUCAAACAAUUGUUCCUACAAAGAAUUAAAAGAGAAAAAAUAUUAUCAUUGUAUUUAUCUGACAUUAAGUUAAUAAUUUAUAAUAUCUUUAUACAUGCAUCAAAAUCAUUUGGAUGAUCUGUAUCGCUUAAGUUUUUGUCCUAUUCAUUUGUUAGAAUUAACCUAAUAGAAAACAACUAACUGCUCAAAUGUAAAAAUAAAAUGUUUGUCAAAUAUAUCAAGAUAUGGCAAAAAUUUACAACAUUAGAAUCAUUAAAGUUAUGUAAACUUGUAAAAGUCUGUAUGGGUCCAAAGGAAUAAAAGAAGAUUCUAUUUAUGUCUACAAAAAUUUGCCUAUAUAUUUAUAUAGGAUUCUAAACCAUUUUUAAAAUAUUUGAAAUUAAUGACAUUUUAUGUUGAAUUUUCAAAGAUUCAGCCGAGCAAAGAAUGCAUUAUAGCUUUUUAAAAAAAUAUUAGUACAAUAUUAUCAAUGCUGAUAUAUAUUUUUAUUCCAAACAAAUUUGUUAAUGCUGUUAAAAUGUAUAAUUAAUUUUUUAUAAGACUAUAAGCAUAGUGAUAUAAAAAUGUGAAAGUAUUUUUUUUAAUUACUGUAAAUGAACAUGUAUUCUUGAAUAAAUUUCUUGUUCAUUGAAGUUAUUUUUUUCAAGCAUGUGUGUAUAUUUCUUCUAACAAAUGCAGCAAUUUUCGUAAUUUGUUAUGAAUUAAACUAAAAAAAUUAUCGAUGACGUUUAUGUUCUUUACUGUAAAAUUGGCAAUGAGUAAUGUUGCUCAUCGUGUAUGUAAACUAUUUUUGUAACGAAAAACGUCGUGAAUGACUAAUCGAAAUUGAAAAAGCUUUUAUCGUCUGUUCGCCGGUCGCGUUCAAAAAGCUCAUAUCCAUGAAAAAAAAAUACUCGCAACUUAUCGCUCAGUCUCAACUUAAUUAUCUGUCUGUCUUAUCAUCAACGCGAUAAGCCUCUUUUUUACUACGAAAUAUUCGUCACGAAGUCGUGAAAAAACAUUCAAGAUGAAUAUAUGUAUUAUUAUUAUUACUACACAUAUGAUCGGAAACUACCAAAGAAAAAAAAACGAAAUUCCGGAAACCAUGCUGAUACCACGUGAGCGUAUUAGUGGCGGCGGAUAAGCUAUAGAAGGAAAAAUUAUACAAUAAAGUGAAAUGCCGAGGAUAGAGUUCAAGUGUUCAGUGCGGCUAACUAAACUCGCGCUACUAUGUGAAAGUAAUACGUAAUGUCGCUAGAUUGUCAACGGAUAAGAUAUUUAAUUUAAGUCUGAAUUGCGCUAAUUAAAGCAAGCAUUCGAAUACUCUUGCACGCUUCUCAGCAUCGGCGGCCAAAAACAGAAGAAGAUUUGAAAUUAACCUAAAAACCGGCUACGCCAACGCGGAUCACAAGUUUUGCAAAAGUUCGUUUGUUUUUAUUUACACUGUCGAUAGUUAAAAAAAGUCAACAAUGUCUUAUCUCUUCCGAUCUUAUCAAAAACUGUUGACAAGACAUCCUCUAGGAAUGCAAUCUUUUCAAGCUGGAGUUUUGAUGGGAUUAGGCGAUCAAAUUGCGCAAAAUUUUAUAGAAAAAAGACCAGUGAAAGAUUUAGAUUUUAUGAGAACUGCAAAAUUUUUUACCAUUGGCUUUGUCAUAGCAGGGCCAGCAACUAGAACGUGGUAUGGAAUUUUAGACAGACAUUUUGGAUCAAAAGGAGCCACAGCAGUAUUAAAAAAAGUAACUUGUGAUCAAUUUCUGUUUGCACCCACUUUCAUUGUAGUUCUACUUAGUGCAAUAGGAUUAUCACAAGGAAAUGACAUGAAAAGUAUUAAGUUGAAGUUAGAGGAUGAAUAUUUGGAAAUCUUGAAAAAUAACUACAAGUUGUGGCCUAUGGUACAGCUAGUUAAUUUUUAUCUUGUUCCAUUACACCAUCAAGUUUUAGUUGUUCAGUCAGUUGCAGUUCUUUGGAAUACUUAUGUAUCAUACAGAACCAACAGGGGAAUGCUGACAGAGAAUACUCAAUAGAGAAAAAAAUGCACAUUUUUUUCAAUUUUUUUUCUUUUAUUUUUGUAAAUCAUUAAAAAAGGAUGCCAACAAACUUAUUUAUUUAAUAGAUUGAAUAUUUCAACAAUAUUUCCAGGCAGCUUUUAUAUGCCAAUGUUUUUACUACAUUUAUAAAAAUUUCUCACUCCAUGAAGCACAAAGUACACUUCAAUAAGAAUAUUAGGUCAGUAUUUUUGUAUAUCACAAUUAUAAGAUGUAUACAAUAAAAUUAUUUAAAAAUAUAAUAUUAAUAAUA